GCGUAAAAAACCAUAAAACCCAUGGGACUAAUCACAUUAAAUACACCUGCCUAACCCCCAUUAGUGGAACAGCUAAUCACCGACUCAAGCUUACUGUAUCUUUAAUUACACACUGAUUCGUCAUUUGUUUAUUCAUUAAGCAAAAUUAAGUAGAAAAAUCUAGAAUUGUUUCUUCAGUAAAGCGCCAGCCGAACCGAGUGGAAGAAGAAGAAGAAGAAGAAGAAGAAGAAGAAGAAGAAUCUUUACAUGUUUAUCCACACCGCGAUUGCGUGUUCUAGCUGCUUCGUCUUCAAUAAUAUUCUCUUCUGUAUCAAAGUAACCGGAAAUUAAUUUACCCUCGCGAAUUUUGUUGUGCUCCAACAUGAGCACCAAUCCUGAAAAGGAACGGUUCUUAAAGGAAUUCGGGCCGGGUUACGGGUACCCGAAUUCACCCAACAACGUUGAUCACAUCAGAGCAACUCAAUUUAAACGAUUGAAUGAUGUAGUGUACUUGGAUCAUGCUGGAGCAACUUUGUAUUCAGAGUCACAAAUGGAAGAUGUAUUCAAGGAUUUGAAUUCCACUCUCUAUGGAAAUCCCCAUAGCCAGAGCAACUGCAGCAUUACAACCGGUGAUACUGUAGGCGAUGCUCGUCGACAAAUACUUAGUUUCUUUAACGCGUCUCCUAGCGAGUAUAAAUGUAUAUUUACAUCCGGUACAACAGCUGCACUGAAACUUAUCGGCGAGACGUUUCCGUGGAGUGAUGAGAGUACUUAUAUGUACACAAUGGAGAAUCACAAUAGCGUUCUUGGUAUAAGAGAGUAUGCCCUCGGUAAAGGUGCUGCAGCCGUUGCUGUAGACAUUGAAGAUAAUGCUGAUGUUGAUCGAAGGGGUGAGGGUAAAUCUGGCAUUAAGGUUGUACCACACACGGUGCAGAGGAGAAGUGAAUCUGGUUGUAGAAAAACAGAUCAAACCAGUGAUACAUACAAUUUGUUUGCAUUUCCAUCCGAAUGCAACUUUUCGGGUUUGAAAUUCGACCUUGACCUGGUCAAUGUUAUAAAGGAAGGUUCAUAUGAAAUUCAAGGCACUUCUCCAAGUCGCAGUGGUCGUUGGAUGGUUCUGAUUGAUGCUGCAAAAGGAAGUGCAACUUUGCCGCCUGAUUUAUCGAAGUACAAGGCUGACUUUGUUGUUGUCUCAUUCUAUAAGCUAUUCGGCUAUCCAACUGGAAUUGGAGCUCUUAUUGCUCGAAACGAGUCUGCUAAGUUACUGAAGAAGACCUAUUUCAGUGGAGGAACUGUGGCUGCAUCAAUUGCAGAUGUGGACUUUUACAAAAGAAGAGAUGGUAUUGAGGAAUAUCUCGAGGAUGGUACCUUGCCUUUUGUUAGCAUUGCUUCCCUUCACCAUGGAUUCAAAAUCCUCAAUUCAUUAACCAUGUCUGCUAUCUCCAGGCACACAAAAUCGCUUGCUUCUUUCGUUAGGAAUGCACUCUUGAAUAUGAGGCAUGUAAAUGGAAACCGUGUUUGUACAUUAUAUGGUCUAAACGAUUCUGAGUUAUUACGGAAAAAUAUGGGUCCGACAGUGACGUUCAACUUGAGAAGGCCUGAUGGUUCUUGGUUUGGCUAUCGUGAGGUGGAAAAACUGGCAUCCUUAUCCAAUAUUCAGUUACGGACAGGUUGCUUUUGUAAUCCUGGUGCAUGUGCAAAACAUCUUGGUUUAUCUCAAUCGGAUCUUCUUUCUAACAUCGAGGCAGGGCAUAUUUGCUGGGAUGAUCGUGACAUAUUGCACGGAAAACCUACUGGAGCAGUUAGGGUCUCGUUUGGUUACAUGUCAACAUUUGAAGAUACCUCGAAAUUUUUGAAGUUCAUCGUGAGUUCAUUUGUGUCCUCGCCUUCUCAACUGACGUAUUUCGAAAAGCCUUUUGAUCCUGAAACAGUUACCACAAGAUAUUUUCUGAAAUCAAUUAUUAUUUAUCCGAUAAAAUCAUGUGCCGGUUUCAGGGUGGAGAGCUGGCCUUUAAGUAGUACUGGAUUGUUACAUGAUAGAGAAUGGCUUCUCAAGAGCUUGAGUGGAGAAAUAUUGACCCAAAAGAAGGUUCCUGAAAUGGGAUUUAUUACAACAGUGGUCGAUCUCAAAUUGGGACUACUUACUGUUGAAUCACCACGUUGCAAAGAGAAACUGGAGAUUGGACUCACUUCUAGUGAAUUAAUUGCCGAAAGAGAAAUGACGGAAAUAUAUUCUCAGAGAUAUGACGUCCAAGGCUACUGCAACGAAGUCGACACUUGGUUUAGCUACGCUAUUGGUCGGCCUUGCAAGCUCGUACGAAAUUAUGCCUUUGAAAAUAAUAUAUGCUCAAAUAAGAAUCGGAAUAUAGGGAUGCGCAGAGAUGUGGAGACCAAAUUGAAUUUCGUCAAUGAAGGUCAAUUUUUGCUAAUAUCCGAGGAAAGCAUAUCCGAUCUCAACAACAGACUAAGAUCUAAGUUGCAUACUGAAGUCAACAUAACUCGAUUUCGUCCGAAUUUGGUCGUGUCCGGUGGAAAACCCUAUUCGGAAGAUGGAUGGACGAAUCUUCAGAUUGGGGAGAGAAUAUUUACAUCAAUGGGCGGUUGCAAUCGCUGCCAGAUGAUAAAUACAACUUUCUUAGGUGGGUCCGUUCAGAGAUCCAACGAACCAUUAGCUACUUUAGCAUCUUACAGACGAUUAAAGGGAAAGAUAUAUUUUGGAAUAUUGUUAAAAUUGUGUGACAGUAUCGAACAAGAUGCAUGGCUUCGUGUGGGACAAGAAAUAAUUGAAAGCACCGAAUAGCUUUGUAAGUAAUUACCAUCUUUACAGUAAGCACAGAAAGUAAUUUAAUUGCAACUGCUUGUAUUUGAAAUAUAGUAUUAUGUCUUAAUUUUAGCUGAGUAAGUAGCAAUUAGAUAUUUGAAUGUUUCAAAUUCUAAACAUAUUUUAAAACACAUUUCCAGAACGCAUCGAGUGCAGUACGAAUUGUACAUGGUCGCGUCCCAUGUAUUAGGUGCCUUGACCAUGACUUUGACUUUUCGUUUGGUUUAUUCCCUUAAUUCUGGUUCUGUUAAUUAAAAAAAAUGAACGUGGAGUAUCUCCAAAUAUUAUAACUUAAUUGCGAUAGUUUAUGUAAAGUUUCCUACUUGGAAUGAACUGACGAUAUUAAAAAAUGUAAAGUUAUAACAAGACUGGUUCCUACUUA